AUGGAGAACACAAGCCAAAUCAAGUUACUUGGUGGCAUGGCAGGUUCCCAUCCACUGGCUUCUCUCGGCGCCAUAUCACGCAGCACGCACAGAUCUCCCUCAGACAAUGCAGCCUCGGGUGCCGCUAUCUCGAGCGAAGACCGCCUUCUCGAAUUGCCUAGUGAGGUUCGAGACCAAAUUUGGGCCUUUGUCUGCGAGACUCGCGUAGUAGCAAUCGGGUGUCCUAUCAGAGACUCAAGCAGCAAGCUACGAAACACCUCGGGCAGACUGUACAAGGACUAUAACGACUACCUGUCAAUCCGAAGCGUUUACUAUGCGAGCAAUAUCUUCUCCUUCGAAUUCGACGCAGGCGGUCACACAGUCACUGGCAAGCAGCAUGGAGCAAUCAAUUCGGUUCAAGUUUCAAUGGCGAAAUGGAUCGCAUGGACCAAGGCAAUCGUGGGCUGCACGCCCAAGCUUCAGUGCCUCAUGAUCUCGACCCCGUACUUCUCCUGCACAUAUCGUCUUCCAGAGGCAACUUGCAAGCUUCGAUUGAGAUCAUGGUUUAUUGCAGCAAUGAACAGGAUGAAGAUGCGUGAAAAGGCUGAAACGGCGGCAUUCGAUUACAUCAACACUACACUGUCCGAGCUACGUGGUAGGCCAGUCAAAGAUGUCGCUGGUCUUCACACAUCCUCCGAGUAA